GCGGCUUCCCCUCUAGCGGCAUCCACCAUAGAAACGCGUCUUCCGUCACCGAAAUUCGCAGCUCCUUAAAUGAAUACCAGAACCGGCGGCGGCUCUGCAAUUAAAGUCACUGUUUUUAGUAGGUGGAGAAGUACAAAUGUCUUCCAGUUUUGGCUGUACGGCGAAACACUAAUGGGAUGUAGCUGAAGAGAUGGAGUAUGAUGAGAGGCUUGCCCGCUUUCGCCAAGGCCACCUCAACCCCUUCGACAGAGGAGAGGAGGGUGGUGCCAGAGAGGAUAAGGAUCCUCCUCUACCUGAGGUGAAGCCAGGCCUGUUUUCCUCCGAGGCGAAGAGCCAAAGCUCGGACCGGACCAUGGACCUGGGUCUGGCUGAGGACCACUUCUCCCGGCCUGUCGACUCUUUUGUGGCGUCCGAUAUCGAGCAGCUGAAGCAGGCGAUCGAAGAGUGUAAGCGGCUGAUUCUGGAGCUGCCCGAGCACUCAGAAAAGCAGAAGGACACAGUGGUUAAACUCAUCCACCUUCGCCUCAAGCUGCAAGAGCUGAAGGACCCUGAGGAGGAUGAACCCAACCUCAGAAUUCUGCUGGAACACCGUUUCUCCAAGGAGAAGAGCAAGAGUGUAAAGCAGACCUGUGACAAGUGCAGUGCCAUUAUCUGGGGCCUCAUUCAGACCUGGUAUACCUGUACAGGCUGUUACUACCGUUGCCAUAGCAAGUGCAUGAACCUCAUCACUAAGCCGUGUGUGAGGUCCAAGGUCAGCCAUCAGUCUGAGUAUGAGCUGAACAUCUGCCCUGAGACGGGGCUGGACAAACAGGAUUACAGGUGUGCGGAGUGUCGGACGCCUGUGUCACUGAGGGGCGUACCCAGUGAGGCUCGACAGUGUGACUAUACGGGUCAGUACUACUGCAGCAGCUGUCACUGGAAUGACACAGGCAUCAUCCCUGCGCGUGUCAUCCACAACUGGGAGUUUGAGCCACGCAAGGUGUGCCGCUCAUCAAUGCGCUACCUAACCCUCAUGAUCUCCAGGCCAGUCCUGAAGCUACGUGAAAUAAACCCCCUGCUCUUCAACUUUGUGGAGGAACUAGUGGAGAUCAGGAAACUACGGCAGGACAUCCUGUUGAUGAAGCCCUAUUUUAUCACAUGCAAGGAGGCCAUGGAGGCCAGACUGCUACUGCAGCUUCAAGACCGGCAGCACUUUGUGGAGAACGACGACAUGUACUCCCUGCAGGACCUCAUCGACAUCUCCAGCGGCCGGCUAAGCUGCUCCCUCACUGAGAUCCACACCACCUUCGCUAAGCACAUCAAACUGGACUGCGAGAGAUGCCAGGCCAAGGGUUUCGUGUGUGAGCUUUGCAAGGAGGGAGAUGUGCUCUUUCCUUUCGACAGCCACACGUCGGUGUGCCACGACUGCUCUGCGGUAUUCCACAGGGAUUGUUACUAUGACAACUCCACUACAUGCCCACGAUGCACUAGAAUGACGGAGCGCAAACAAGACCUGCCGGACGAGCAGGACGUCGGCUCUUAAACCCGAGUCUGACUGUCAGACAGCGAAGGGCAUUGGAUUCCACUGGUGGCCGGUGUAAGGUGCCUUUUGAGAUUGGUAUGCCACAAAUAGCAUGAGCCCAGUUUUCAUCCAUGUCUUUCCAUUCCUUGGUUGGUCGGCGCGGGUGUUUACAGCGGUGUUGCGCUCCAUGCGCAGCAUCUGACAGCAGCACAGGAUGGAAGAGGGAAGCUGUUAAGCACUAAACAAGUGUCCCCAUUUGCGUAGCAAACACACUGUGAACAGGGCCACAUUAGACACUCUGCUCUGUGCAUGUUGUGUUGCUGUUCUGAUUGUAUACGUACAGCUUUUAUCUGUGCUGGGGUUAUAACUGUGGUUAUUGUUUACUGCAAAGUCAAAUACUUGCAUCCUAAUUAAACUGUUGUACAGUAACAAUUAAAUAUUAUGUUCUGUUCAGCUGGUAACAUAUAGCCCAUAUUCUGAAGCCAUUUCAUAACACUAAAAUAGCAGGAAUUAACACUGUGUUUUGUCUAAAGGUAAUUACAUUACUGUUUUGUUUUCUGAAGUAUUGGUCUCUGUGGGGUGCAACGCCAACCAGUUAUAACUAGUUAGCGACAUACAAAGUUUUGUGCCGUACCACGUAAUGCCUGGGAUUAGAGCUGUGCAGAUGCGUUGUGCUCUCGUGGUGUACAAGUGUGAUGAUUCACAUUAGUGAGGAAGUUAAAAAUAUUAAAGCAGUAUAUAAAAAGGAAUAUACAGCAGCCUCCAGUGAAAAGAUUCCUGACUGUAACCGAAGUUUACAAUCCCUCAUUCUGCUAAGAGGUCUCAUUAUGAAUGUGGUAUGUGUGUCUAUGCGUCUUAAAGUGUACAUUAUCAAUAUUAACAAUCGUGAUUUGAACCUUUAUUGUGAGCCUGCAUGCUUCGUGGAAGUAAAGCACAUUCAAUGGGGUAAAAUCGCAGCUUAUUUAUGUCUUCACAUGAUGCAUAAGUCCAUUUUUUAUAAACCCGGCAACAGUAAGAGACAUUGUAUCAAAUAUUACUUAAUGAUUUUACAUAUUUGCUGAGUUGUUUCAGCCUCCUUUUGAAAUGAUAAACCUACAUAUUUUAAAAGGAUCAGUCUUACAGGUCUGUUGGUGUUUUCGGUAAUUGAAACAUUCUGCAGUAAAUAUGUACAGUUAAUUUAUUAAUGUAUGUAAAUAUUAUGCAUGAAUAAAAUUCUAAUAAUAUGUUAUA